AUGAGUUCAUUUUUCAUACUACAGUGUCUAGUGAUAGUACUAUCGUUGCUACGAUGGACAGACGCGGGAUUUGUUCAGUCACAGCUGUGCUCUUCUGAUCUAAAAGGAUACCUUCUCGAACCAUUUAUCAUCGAUGUUGCACUAGACGAAGUACACAAAAAACUCAAGUUCUUGAUCAACUCCCAGGUCAAAUACUACCCCAACAUGUCAGAUACAGACAUUAUGAUAUCAGAUGUCAACUAUACCACAAACAGGUAUACCACCUUCCACAUAGAAGUUGACUUUAUGGGCAAGACUUUCAUAAAAGAAAACAAACGGUUUUGUGACGUCUUGGCCGUCAAAAACACUACUGAUUUCAUGAACAGUCCCAGAUUUCCACAACCCCCGGCCCCAGAAACAGCACCCUACCAACCAGCUUCUGAUAAAUACAAUAGUACCAUAAAUGCUAAAAGAGGUGUGUUCGCAAAAAGAGAAGAUAUUGAAAAUCCCCUGUUGGCUAUAAAUGGCACUUUCUUCAACACUUCUCUUCCAGAAACAGAUGCCAAAUUCAGUGACUCGUGGCUGGAAUACUUCACUACUAACAACGAGACCAUCGAACGUUUAUUUUCGAACAGCACCGGAUCAUUAGUUCAAUGUCCAUUAUAUGUCAACGACUCUAUCGUUUUCUACUAUGAAGCAGAUAUUAGUCUGCAUUUCCACACCUUGGGCUCGUAUUCAGUCCGAUUUUCUGUGGUUUCCAAUGAUUUGAGCUCACAACUCAUCGGCUGCAACAAGGUUUACGUAACUCCAGUACAGCCAGAUAGUAUAAGCGGAGUUUUGCUCUUGGGAAUACUCAUGUUCCUCUUGGUAACUGCCAUCUUGAACAUCCUCAUUGUAGUCUACUCAUCGUACCAAGAGUCGUCUAAUCCGUUCUUAUUCAAGGCUUCCACGAUCUGUAAUGAAGAGUUGUUGAAACAGUUGGAUACCACAGUGCCUGGAAUUAUUAUGUAUCUUCAGUUUGCACUAUUUAUUGGUGGUCUAGAUCUACAAUAUCCUGGCUUCUACCAGCCCUUGAUUGGCCAGAUAAGAUGGUGUGCCUUGUUAGGGGUCUCCAUAUUGCAUCGUAGUGUCCCAGAAACGGUCACAAGAAUGGACAACAUCUAUCUGACGAUGAACACCGGAGGUUUGAAGAGUUUGACGUUGUUCACAUCUGACAAAUCCAUUCUCAACAAUUGGCCGAACUUCAUCUUAUGUCUCAUAAUAGUUGUGGGAAUAAUCAUUGCCAUACAGCAAUCAUUCUUGGUGCUCAAAAUUUUAUUCUCUUGCAUUGCAAAGAAAUUCAACAUCAAAAAAAAUUGCCGUAAACCAGAUAGCGAUCAGAUUAAUUUCACAUUCAAGAAGAACUUGUACUUCAUAGUAGGACAAGCUCUCGAUGCCUUUUUGAUUAUCUUUGGUUUUCCAUUCUUGGUGUUUACUUCAUUUAUGUUCACCAGUGCUGGUGACAUCAGAAAUAAGAACAAACAGUACCCUAGCAUUACAGCAUUGACAAAUAUCUCCUUCUCUAAUUCUUCUUCUUAUGAUCAGCUAAUUAUCCCCACUGAUCGUAGCAAAAUAUUGCAAACUAAUAACAUUACAGUUGCUGGAGUCAAUGUGACUUCAUUUUUAGAUCCGUCAUUGAAUUUUACAAAUGUGACAACUACUAUUCCUAAUUCCAGCGAUUGGAGUACUGUUGCACUGGUCAGUUUGGCAAUCGGUUCUAUUCUUUUCGCAUUAUGGGUUGGACUAGUGGGCUACUUUACGUUCAACUACUUGAUUUCCUUCAAAAAGUUUGGUCUAGUUCGCAGCAAAAAGAUUUCUAAAUUGUACACUUCGAUGAAGACCAUUUUGUUGUGGUCUUUCUUCUACAACCACUACCAUCCUAAUAAGGUUUAUUAUGUCAUAAUAGAUAUAUGGUCUGUCUUGUUGAAGCUGUUGGUUAUCGGGCUACUCCAGGAUCAUGGUAGUAUCCAAGUAGCUUGUUUGAUCAUACUCGAGUUCCUUGACUUAGUACUCUUGUUCACAAUACGCCCGUAUUUCGUGAAAUUGAGUUGGGUGUCUUCAAAAUCGUUUUUGCCUCUUGCAAGAGUUUUUGUCACCAUCCUCUGCAUUCCUUACAUCAGGCCAUUACAGUUGAGUGAAGCUAGUAGGACCUACGUUGCAUAUGUCCAGCUAUUGAUUCAUUUGGUUGUUGCGAUUGUUUUUCUCAUUCAGCUCUUCUACAGUUUCACCAAGACAAUCAUUUCCAUUAUUAGACACCAUCGUGAGAAAAAGGAAGGUUCCUAUAAUAGCAAAUUGGCUAGCACUGAAAGUAAAGAUGAAUUUGAUAUGGAGUUUGAAUAUCAUCCGUUAAAGCCGUCGUUGUUUCCUACAAUUGAUAUUACCAGUGAUAAUUCAUUCGUAGCACCAAAGACACCUCUAGAAGUUGACGAUGAGGAAGAUGAUGAUAAAUUUUACUACAGAGCUAGAAACGAUCUUCAGUCUAAUACAGCCUUUAAAGAUAGCCAAAUAGCUCCUGAAAAAGUUAAGCUCAAAAGGCACUUUUCGGAGAAGACAUUGUUGAACAAGAUCAAUGAAUCUGAAGAUCGGGACUUAUCAACAAAUUACGAAGAUUCUCCGAAUUUCUCAGAUACUGACCUACAAUCCUUUGCUAAAGAACAACAGUUCUCCAACUUGCGGAAGGAAAGAAACGACUACAAAGUUCGUGAAGGUGAUCAGAUCUAUAAAAAGUACUUUAUUGAUGACUCCAUAGAUCCCGAAGUGAAGGCUUUGUGGGACUCCAGACCUAAC